UAAACCUGUUCCCGCUAUUGAUCAUCAUUUAAACUUCAAAAAAAUGUAAAAGAAAAAAAGCUCUCACAGAAGUUACAAUUCCAAAUAUAUUAUAGUAACAAUAAAUAACUGCUGAAAGUUUGAUUCAAAACUCUAUUUGCUGUGAUAAUUAUGUCUAUGGAUCUUCAUCCCACGCCAUUUCCAGGUAAAUUUCAACCUGUGAAAUCAAGAUUCAACAAAAACAUCUCCAAAGCACCAAAAACCCAAUCCAAGGAACCAUCCAUUCCCAGGAAAAACAGAGUAUUUGGCACAGUUCGAAACACAAAUGUUCCAACAAAGACAGUUUCUACAAAGCCCUUAACAAAAUCUUCAUCUGGUGUUCACCAAAAACCACCCAAAUCACCAAGAAAAACUCAAUAUUUCACUGAAAGUGCAGCAAAUCCGGCAACCGAAAAUGCCAAAAAAGCCACUGAAGAAGAAAACAGAGCAAAAUCAAGAAAGAAAAGUGUCUGUUUCCAAGAAAACAGAGUAAAUGUUGCUAUUGCAGAGCCUAAAACUCCUGCGAAAUCGCCCAUUUUGGUGAAGCAAAGACUUAGCACCCCUUUUCACAGUGCUGAGAAAUGCAGCAAAUGCAGAUUUGAUAAGUUGGAGACAACAACUUAUUGGCUUUCUCAGAUUAAAUUGGCUGAAACUGUUGGAAAACACUCUGUUUCUGCUGCUUUUUUUGGACUGGCUCUUGAAUCCAAAGCUGAGCCCUUUAGAAACAUUCUGUUGGAAUUGAAAAAGUACCUGCGAAGACACAAGCACUUAUCUGAGUGGAAAGAAUGGAAAGAAGUUUGUUUUAACUAUGGUUUAUUGAAGGAGGAGGGAAGUUCUAGUGAUAAAACUGGAAAUUCUAGCAAGAGCAAAGACAUAGAAUUGGAAAGUACCAUUGAAAAAGAAGAAGAACCAAAGGACUUGAAGGAGCAAGUGAAUGAAGAUGCCAUUAUUCAAGGAAACGAACUUCCACUUUCAUUUAUGGGCUAAAGCUAUAAUCUUUGUUUUUACAUAUUGUAUUAUAGUUGAUUUGUAUUUAGCUUGAAGUGUUUCUUGAAGAUGUUUUGUGAAAUUUUAGUAUGCAGACUGAGGAAUGUAAUAUGUUUUGGUUUGGUGUG